GAGCAGAGGUUCUACGCCCAGCCAUGCACCUCAAGAUCUUUACUCCAAAGCAGUUCUGUUUAAUUUCACCCUGGCGACUUACACUGAUAGCUCAUCUUCACAGGUGCAAGACAGAAAGUCCUCCAUCUGCACAUCUGCAACAAAUGCCUAUCUCAUUGUUUCCUCUGCUGCAUUGUUUAUGUAAAAAUGCAGACUCAGUGAGCGAGACUAUGAAAGUAACUGACUAUUCCUCUACCCUUCCUGUUUUUUUUUUUUUUUUUUAGACAGAGUUUCCCAAGUGAUUCUCCUGCCUUAGCCUCCUGAGUAGCUGGGAUUACAGGCACGUGCCACCACGCCCGGCUAAUUUUUGCAUUUUUAGUAGAAACAGGGUUUCUGCAUGUUGGUCAGGCUGGUCUUGAACUCCCAACCUCAGGUGAUCCAUCUGCCUCAGCUUCCCAAAGUGCUAAGAUUACAGGUGUGAGCCACCGCACCCGGCCUCUAUGCUUCCUGUUACAGUUAAAUUGUGUAUUUAGUGAAAGGCUGAUCAGAGACCCAAAAUAAUGCAACCAUUUGUCUCUUAUGACAUCAAACUCUACCUUCCCACUGCCCCAGCCCCCCACCAAGCCACACCAAUGUCCUGCACCAUGUACAUGUUACAUCUUGCCUUCCUAAAAUGUAUGAAACCAACCUGUGCACUGGCCACGAGAGAGAGAGAGAGAGAGAGAGAGAGAGAGAGAGAGAGAGAAUGAAUAACCAGAAAGGAACACAAGGAAACUUUUGGAGGUGAUGGAGAUGUUCAUUACCUCGAUUGUGAUGGUGGUAUCGUGGGUUUACACCUAUGUCCAAACUCAUCAAACUGUACACAUUAAGGAAGUGCAGCUUCAUUGGCUGGUUGUUUUUCUAUGUUUACUUUAUUUUAUUUUAUUUAUUUUGAGACGGAGUCUCGCUCUGUUGCCCAGGCUGGAGUGCAGUGGCGCGAUCUCGGCUCACUGCAAGCUCCGCGGUUCACGCCUUUCUCUUGCCUCAGCCUCCCGAGUAGCUGGGACUACAGACACCAUGCCUGGGUAAUUUUAUUUUUAUUUUUAGUAGAGACGAGGUUUCACCGUAUUAGCCAGGAUGGUCUCGAUCUCAUGACCUCGUGAUCCGCCCACCUUGGCCUCCCAAAGUGCUGGGAUUACAGGCGUGAGCCACCGUGCCCGACCUGGCUGGGUUUUUUUUGUAUAUCAAUUCUGUCAGGCGGACGCGCAUGAAAAAUUCCACCUCAAUGGAAGCUGUGACCACACACACGCGUGCGCGGUACAACUUACAUAGCCGACUUCACUCUCUUAAAAGUGAAUUGUUUUGCAGGUUUUACAACAUGCACACAGCUGUGCAGCCAUCAUGACGAGCUAAUCCAAAGCAAGGUAUUCGACUUAAAAUUCAAAUGCCAUAAAACUUAUCCUUUCGAUGUUUACAAUACAGACGAUUUUAGUACGUUCCCAAACCUAUGAAAUUGACCCCAAUCCUGAACAAGAAAUGAUUUGUCUCUGAAACAAAUCAUGAUUUUGCAAUCACAGCAUGUCACAGUCACAAGGAAUCAUAUAGGUUAUUUCUUACGAUUGGCAUUUUUUUUAAGGCUCCUAAAUCGUGCUCUUUCAGGACUUUUGCUAAAUAUUUUGAAGGUCGGCGAAAGAUAAGUUUAAGAGUAUAAACUGCGUCCUCCCAGCUCAGUCGAGCUGACGGAGGGUAGGAACAACAAAAAGGCCUGCGGCAUAACUGAUAGCUGUAAAUCAGUAUCAGAAACUGAAAAUGCUAAGAAAUUCAAUUCCACGGUGUGAACUCUACAGCUGAAGAAUAAGAAACCGGAACUGAAAUUCUCACUCAACUGACUUCCUGCGGUUUACGACCACAGUUUGGUUGCACCGGAAAAGAACAGGUUCUCUUCCGUCGCAGAGUUUCGCCAUGGCCCGGGGCCCGAAGAAGCACUUGAAGCGUGUUGCAGCGCCGAAGCAUUGGAUGCUUGACAAACUAACGGGUGUAUUUGCACCUCGUCCAUCGACAGGUCCCCACAAGCUGAGGGAAUGUCUUCCCCUGAUCGUCUUCCUCAGGAAUAGACUCAAGUAUGCGUUGACUGGAGAUGAGGUAAAGAAGAUAUGUAUGCAACGUUUCAUCAAAAUUGAUGGCAAGGUUCGAGUGGACAUCACAUACCCUGCUGGAUUCAUGGAUGUCAUCAGCAUUGAUAAGACAGGUGAACAUUUCCGCCUGGUCUAUGACACCAAGGGCCGUUUUGCUGUUCAGCGCAUCACAGUGGAAGAGGCAAAGUACAAGUUGUGCAAAGUGAGGAAGAUUACUGUGGGAAUGAAGGGAAUCCCUCACCUGGUGACUCAUGAUGCUCGAACCAUCCGCUACCCAGAUCCUCUCAUCAAGGUGAACGAUACUGUGCAGAUUGAUUUAGGGACUGGCAAGAUAAUUAACUUUAUCAAAUUUGAUACAGGCAAUUUGUGUAUGGUGAUUGGUGGAGCCAACCUCGGUCGUGUUGGGGUGAUCACCAACAGGGAAAGACAUCCUGGUUCUUUUGAUGUGGUGCAUGUGAAGGAUGCCAGUGGCAACAGCUUUGCCACGAGGCUUUCCAACAUUUUUGUCAUUGGCAAUGUAAGACUUACACUCUCUUUACUUCUUUCUAAGAAGACUCAUCCUAAAAAGCAUAAAGACCUGCAUCCACUACUGGUGUUUGUCUGUUUGUUCUUCUUGCUGUGUUAAGGUUCACAGAGUGCAGCAAGCUCUCUAUUUAGAGCCUCUGAGAAGAAACAAGAUUAGAUCUAGAGCCUUGCACCUGCCUCUUCAGGUGGUCUGUGUGAGAUGCCAGCAGUGUCAUGCAGUAAAUUAAGUUAAACUCAGCCUUGCAACUUUUGCAGGGCUACACCACUGGUAUGGGCUGGAUUAAGGUCACUGGCUCCAAUCCUGGUAGUGCUAUGCCCCCUUACUUUUGUAAGUGAGACUGCUAAACCCCUCUGAGACUCCAUCUUAUAGUUCAUUAGUGAACAUGUAGUUGAUGGAGAUUGAUGCAAGUGAGGCUAUGAGUGAGUUGCUAAUUUGAGAAUAAGGGCAUUUACAAGACAUGUAACACUUGUUAGUUUCCUUUACUUGUUCAAGAUGAUCUUGCUCUGGGAUCUUUUGAGACCUUUUCAGUGAAGGACCACCUCUGAAAUCAUGCAGUAUCCUUACAUGGGAGUCAGUUGCCCCAAGACUUAAGGAAAGGGCAAGGGACAUAACUGAAAAGCCUUUUUUUUUUUUUUUUUUUUGAGACGGAGUCUCACUGUGUUGCCCAGGCUAGAGUGCAGUGGCGCGAUCUCAGCUCACUGCAAGCUCCGCCUCCUGGGUUCACGCCAUUCUCCUGCCUCAGCCUCCCAAGUAGCUGGGACUGCACGCGCCCGCCACCACACCUGGCUAAUUUCUUUUUGUAUUUUUAGUAGAGACGGGGUUUCACUGUGUUAGCCAGGAUGGUCUCGAUCUCCUGACCUGGUGAUCCACCCACCUUGGCCUCCCAAAGUGCAGGGAUUACAGGUGUGAGCCAGUUGAAAAGCUUUCAUCAAGGUAUUCAGCCCCGGGAGCAACAUCUUUCACUUGUACCCUGGCAGUCCUUAGGAUAUUUGAGAGAAGAGGUACAGAGGCGAAGCCUGCUGUUUUUUUGGCUGUGCCAUUCAGAAGCUGUCUAGUUGGGCCAUUCCUCUUCUCAGUAUUGAAUUAUGAAACCUCAGUUUAUACCUUUGAAAGCAGGGUAUCAGGGAAGUGAGUAAAUGCAUGUAAAAGUUCUGUAAAGCUGAUGAUAGGGUGCUGACAGUUCACGGCUUCAAAAUAUGAGAACCUGAAGUUAGUGGCCUUGCCUUUAAAGAUGCUUAUGAAAAACUUUUUGGCUGGUUGCUUCACAUAAAAUAGGAGCAGGAAGACCUUUAUUUAGCAGCUCAGCAAUGAGGAGUGGGAGGGACUGUGAGAGGUAGAUAACCUCUCAGGAGACAUGUAUAAGGAAGUGUUUAUUUUGUUUUAAAUUUUGUUGGGUGGUGGUCUAUUAGCUGGCUAUUAAUGUAAAGGAAGGUAUGAGGCGUGUGUGUUUUGGUGGGAUGUUGUUUUUCUCUCCUCCCUUUCUUUCUAUACUUAUUUUUAUCUCCUCUAUUGCAGGGCAAUAAACCUUGGAUUUCCCUGCCCAGGGGAAAGGGCAUUCGACUUACUAUUGCUGAAGAGAGAGACAAGAGGCUGGCCACCAAACAGAGCAGUGGCUAAAUUGCAGUAGCAGCAUAUCUUUUUUUCUUUGCACAAAUAAACAGUGAAUUCUUGUUUCCUAA